AUGUCGGCUCCAGGUGCGAGUGUUGAAAAGUCCCCGGCGCUCCAUUCGCAGUCGUAUGUCCAACUGCGCGAGAAGCUAUCACAGCCUGUUGUUGCAGCUUUUUGUGGCGGUGGAGUAGCCGGUGCUGUUUCCCGAACCGUUGUAUCGCCACUCGAACGAUUGAAGAUCUUGAUGCAGAUACAGAGUGCUGGAAGAGAUGCGUACAAGCUCUCCAUUGGCCAGGCUCUAAAGAAGAUGUGGAAAGAGGAAGGAUGGAAGGGUUUCAUGCGUGGAAAUGGCACCAACUGUAUUCGGAUUGUCCCCUAUUCGGCUGUUCAAUUCAGCAGCUACAACUUCUACAAGAGGAACUUUUUCGAAGCGCAUCCGGGCGCGGAGCUCUCCGCAGUUACUCGCCUUGUCUGUGGAGGAAUUGCUGGUGUCACUUCAGUGGUUUUCACGUAUCCUCUCGACAUCGUGCGGACGCGACUAUCGAUCCAGUCUGCAAGCUUCGCCGAACUUGGAAACAAACCAGAGAAGCUGCCGGGGAUGUGGGCUACUCUCAUACGCAUGUAUAAGACGGAGGGAGGCAUCACUGCAUUGUACCGAGGAAUUGUCCCAACAGUAGCUGGGGUUGCUCCUUAUGUUGGCCUAAACUUCAUGGUGUACGAGUCCGCUCGUAAAUCACUUACCUUAGAAGGGGAGGAGAACCCUGGUGCUAUCAGAAAGCUUCUCGCUGGCGCCGUAGCUGGCGCUGUGGCUCAGACCUGCACAUAUCCUUUUGAUGUUCUUCGGCGUCGCUUUCAGAUCAAUACGAUGUCAGGCAUGGGUUAUCAGUAUAAGUCUGUAUGGGACGCUGUGCGAGUCAUUGUGGGACAAGAGGGUAUCCGGGGCCUGUACAAGGGCAUCGUUCCAAACCUUCUAAAGGUUGCUCCCAGCAUGGCGUCAAGUUGGUUGAGUUUUGAGAUAACUCGCGAUUUCCUGAUAGCCCUUAAACCAACCACAGCUUCUGCUGCUCUAUGA